AUGCCGAAGUUGUUGUGUGGUUUCAUUUUCGCGAUCGUUAUCGUCGGUUGCAUCGAUUUAGCUGAGUCACGGGCGGUCAACAUCAGCAACACGUGGACGCUGCCGCAAGAGGGAUUUUCUGUAUUCUAUCGCUACUUUCGCGACAAAAUCUCCUGGUUCGAGGCGGACGCAGUUUGUCAGUUUCAUCAUGCUAAUCUAGUCACCGUUGACAAUGGAAUGCAGUUUGAUGCGACCCGUGCCUUUCUCAAGGAGCUUGACGUGACUAGCGCAGUAUGGAUCGGUCUGAUGCGUCCCGAAAACUCGGCACGCUUCAUUUGGACCAGCUCAAGGACACUGGAUCCUGCAAAUGGUUAUUGGGCAGAAACUAUGCCAGCAAUCGAACAACCACUGUGUGCCGUAGUAGAUCCGGUUAGGGAUUUUCGUUGGCAUGCUUUUCGAUGCGGGGGCCCUGAAACUGCCGCAUUCCUAUGCGAACUUCCUGUGCCAACGUGGGCGGUGGACUGCACCAUCACGUCGAUUCCAUCCCUUACGGUACAGUAUAUGUCGGACAGCGGAACUGUGCAGCUCUCACGGGAUUGCGGAGAAUCCGGUACGAAGCAUAUCACCUGCCAGGGUAAACAAGACCGAGACAGCGUUAUUGAGCAAUUGCAGUGCAGCGAUGAAGAGGACUUGGCAUCGGCAUUAACUAUUGAUAAAACCAAUCAAUUAAUGAUUGACGCUAACAGUUUGGCAACAGCAAGCGCUACACGACGACCACCACAGCAGUCAAUAUUGGAACACGAUAUUUUGACAGUUGUAUCCAGCAACGAUGAGGAAAGCAACAACAAGAUCGAGGUCAAUCCGAAUCAAAUCGAAGACACUGUAAAGAACGUCAUCAAUAAGUUCAACCUGCAAGACCUUAUGCGCAGUGAGCAUGUAGCUGUACAUAGUGAAGAACUGGACAGUGUGAUCCAUAAUACGGAGAGUCAGCGUAAAUCUGCCUACAUCAAGAAAUCACAGUUGUACGAAAAGGUUAAUCACUACACGAAAAAGGACUCCAACAGAUCGGAUCGGAACGAUAGUGGUGAUGAAGAGGAUGAAGACGAUGGACCGAUGCUAGGCGAUCAGCCAAUGCAGGACGAAACGGAAAUCCAACCGAUUGAUAUCAUUCAACAAGCCGUAAAACCUACGGCGGAUGGAGAUUAUGCUGAUCCAACUGUUGUAGGAAAUGGUGUAAAGAUUGCGAAUGAAAAAUGUAACAAAGAUAGAUUGUGUGGCAAUAGCUAUAUCAAUGAGAAAUCAACAGAAAUCAUGACUACGCCAGAUUCACGCUUGCGUCGUGGAACUGAUGCGGACAGAGAUGAAGGAAUAACCAUUAUGCCUGAUAUAACAGAAGCAACAACUUCUACGACGACGAUUUUUACUCCAACGAUAUUUUCCACUAUUUUUCCCACAACAUCAGCACUGCUAAUCACAAGAACAACUGCGUCAAAUCACAUCUUGCCAACGACACCAAAAAAAGAAGUAAUUACUGGGGAUCACUUCAUACCGCCAAUGUUACUCGUAAAGGCACGUUUCAUAUCCGCUCGUCCUCAAACAGAGUCGCCUCCAAUCAUGUUACUUCGCACUGUAUCUUCCACUAACAUUUCAGUGGAUUCUGGGGUUAAUGUCUCACCUGCACCUUCAACAUCAGAUGCAUAUUUGUUAGGAGAUCACGAAAACAGUGAUCCAUUUAUGGUUGUGGAAUCGACUUUAAGAGAAGGUGUUAUCGAAGUUUUGAAGGAUGAGGUAUUAUCUGCAUCAUCAAUUGCUCCUUCCACGAGUGAAGUCCAUCAGGCAGUCAAUGUUGUUUUCGAACAAAAUAAAUCUCAACUAACCGAGCAUCCUGGAACAUUUUCCAUCACCACACGACCGUUACAGACGGCUGUGACAACGUCUGCGCAUCUUCCGCUUCCGUAUCAUAAUAAUAAUCCACUUAAAGUAGCUGCGUUGGUAUCUGCUAUCCAGUUGACACAGUAUUCUGAUUUUAUCACAACCACCAUUGCACCGGAACAUGAUAUUACUGUGCACUCAUCUGAAUCACCUAAGGAAUCAACUAUUGUCCCGACUGCUACGGUUAUAGAAGAUAUAGAGGUUGGCUAUAAUACAAACGCUACGGAAAUUGGAGCAAACGAUAGCAGUAAAAUAAGCGCUCAUUUACCUUCACUGACAACGGAAGAGAAUACUUUGCACAAUAAACACACUAUAAUGUUACCCAUGAGCGCAAAAAAUGCAAAUUCCGAAGGGACUGGAUUAAUUUCAGAAAAUUAUUCAAUGACACAAAAGCCUCCAUCCGCGAAUGAACAUAAAACUUUCCAAGAAAACCACGAUAAUCAUUCGGAAGAAAAGCAUGAAGAGUACGAUGAGCAAAAACAUUCUGAAUUGCAUAACAGUUUUUCCAACGUAGAAAAUUAUCAGCCCUACAAACCAAACCGCCACCGCCUGCUUACCAAAUCAGAGGUACAAAACAACCAUGGGGCAUACAUUAAGAAAAUUCUUGGUUAA